AAGAGGUCCCGUCAAAGAUCACUAGAGAGCGAAUUCAGCCCAUGAGUGAGGAAAGUAAUGAGUCACGCGUCAGUCUCACCAAAGACACGAUCAGUUACUGUGGAGUUUAAAAAGUUUUCCUGAGGAAGCUCCCUACUUGGCUUUAACGUUUUGGACAUGCCACCGCAAAUGGAUUACUUUUACGAAGAGUCAAGAGCCCCGUCCGUGUGCUUGGAGCCGGAGGACGCACUGGAGCAUGCGAUCAGUUGUAUGCUGGUUGGGGACGGUGCUGUCGGGAAGACCAGUAUGAUUGUCAGCUACACCACUAAUGGGUAUCCCACGGAUUACAAACAGACUGCUUUUGAUGUAUUCUCGGGACAAGUUCAGGUGGAUGGGAGCCCUGUGCGCAUUCAGCUUAUGGAUACUGCUGGACAGGAAGAAUUCGAUGAAUUCAGAUCUCUGUCAUAUGCAAACACGGAUGUCUUCCUGCUCUGCUUCAGCAUGGUAAACCCCACGUCGUUCCAGAACAUCACCAAGAAGUGGAUUCCCGAGAUUCGAGCGUGCAACCCGUCCUCUCCCAUCAUUUUAGUGGGAACCCAAUCGGACCUUCUGUUGGACGUUAACGUACUCAUAGACCUGGACAGGUACAAGGUCAAACCGAUUUUGAGCGCACGGGCACGGAGCCUUGCCGAGAAGAUCAGGGCCGCCGAGUACGUGGAGUGCUCAGCUCUGACCCAGAAGAACUUGAAGGAGGCCUUUGAUGCGGCAAUAUUUGCGGCUAUAAAACACAAGACCAGGAAAACCAAAAAGAUGAGAUUGUCUGACAGACGGGCUAAAGCUUUUUCCAAGUGCAGUUGGAAGAAGUUCUUCUGCUUCAUCUGACCCUGUGGGUCAAACCGUGAACUGUUUACAUAAUGUCUUAAUUUAUUUUGGACAGUGUUUCCUUACUGAAGGUGACUGCGAUGGUUGUUUAGUUUUAUUUUAUGGUGGGACUUGUUGGCUCUGUAGGGAACUUCCCACGAACAGAGUGACAAGCUGUGUUGCUCUAAACACUUUGGAUUAAGGAACGUUUUAUGAUUUACCUGAAAUUCAACCUGACUAAAGGUGACGUUAAGGAAUUGUUUGAGAAAACUACUACCUAAAUCAUAUAUUGUUCACAUAGAGCACCCACCGUAUGUAAAUGAGUCGAAUUUGCAUGAGCUGGAUAGCUGCCUAUUCAAAGCUCUAUAGGAGCUCAUGUGGAGAUGUCUCUGAUGGCAGAGGAGACAAGACUGAGUAUCGGUCUUAUCUCUUUUGUCUUGGGUGCUACUUAGUCAGACAAACUCUUUUAUAUGCAACAGCCCACACUGAAAGCUGAUGUGCGAGUUGUCUCCAUCUUAAGUGAUUGUGACUUUAUAAAUCUGACAUCACACUUCUAGUGUUGCGACUAGUAAAUCUUCGCUGGGGAUUGUCUUGCAAAUUGACAUAGCAAGAUAACAUUAUUGGGUUUGUGUGAAAAUAGUUUCCUGCAUCGGGGAAUUUUGUUCCUGACUCCCAAAGAUGGUUUUAGCGUGUGAUUGGGCAAACCCAUUUGUAAAACAAGGAGAUGAAAAGUGUUGAGUUAGGUCAUGCUUUUUUUUUAUCUUUAGGCAAAUUCAUUCAUCUAUCACAGACAGUGUGUACUUAUCACAGAGUAAACAACAUUGUCUUUUACAUAAAUGUGCUUCUUGUGGAAGAUAUCUUUUUUUUUAAACGCUGUUUGUUUUUAACAGUUUUACUUUAACAGUUUUAACUGUUCUGUUUUGGUGCCCCAGGCAAGAAGGAUGUACCGCUCCAUCAUUUGAUCUGUUUGUCUUUACUGUUUCUGUUUUGCUUUUCGAUCAAAUUCAAGCAGCACUUUUAAACAGCUUCUACAGUGUUUCUUUUCUGAAAAUACAUUUUUAAUGGCAAAAUACUAAAUGGUUAUACGUCUAGUGCUGUUUAUAAUGUAAUAAUUUAGAUCCAUCACUUUUUUCCUCUAAGUGUUAUAUGAGUUCA